UCCGAGGCGGCUGCUCCAGGUUGCAGGCUGGGACUGAGGGAUACCGCGAGCCCAGAGCACCCCACAAGCUGAGUGCAGGACGCGCCCCCACCACACCCACUCCACGGCCGCUGAAUGAGGCUUCCAGGCAUCCCCUCGCUGCCCGCAGCGCCCCGCCGGAGGUCCGCCCUCUGAGGCGCGGCCAGUGCGCCGGCAGCCCGUGCGUUCACCUGCCAGCCUGCGCGCCAUGGGGCAACCCGGGAACGGCACCGACUUUUUGCUGGCGCCCAACGGAAGCCAUGCGCCGGACCAAGGCAUUGCGCAGGAACGGGACGAGGCGUGGGUGGUGGGCAUGGCCAUCGUCAUGUCGCUCAUCGUCCUGGCUAUCGUGUUUGGAAACGUGCUGGUCAUCACAGCCAUUGCCAAGUUCGAGCGUCUGCAGACGGUCACCAACUACUUCAUCACCUCCCUGGCCUGUGCUGACCUGGUCAUGGGCCUGGCGGUGGUGCCCUUUGGGGCCAGCCACAUUCUCAUGAAAAUGUGGACUUUUGGCAAUUUCUGGUGCGAGUUUUGGACUUCCAUUGACGUGCUGUGCGUCACGGCCAGCAUUGAGACCCUGUGCGUGAUUGCAGUGGAUCGCUACUUUGCCAUCACGUCACCCUUCAAGUACCAGAGCCUGCUGACCAAGAAUAAGGCCCGGGUGGUCAUUUUGAUGGUGUGGAUCGUGUCAGGCCUUACCUCCUUCUUGCCCAUCCAGAUGCACUGGUACCGGGCCACUCACCAAGAAGCCAUCAAGUGCUAUGCCCAAGAGACCUGCUGUGACUUCUUCACGAACCAAGCUUAUGCCAUUGCCUCCUCCAUCGUUUCCUUCUACCUGCCCCUGGUGGUCAUGAUCUUUGUCUACUCCAGGGUCUUCCAGGUGGCCAAAAGACAACUCCAGAAGAUUGACAAAUCCGAGGGCCGCUUCCAUGCCCAAAACCUCAGCCAAGUGGAGCAGGAUGGGAGGAGCUGGCAUGGACAUCGCAGGUCCUCCAAGUUCUACUUGAAGGAACACAAAGCUCUCAAGACUUUAGGCAUCAUCAUGGGCACUUUCACCCUCUGCUGGCUGCCCUUUUUCAUCGUCAACAUUGUGCACGUGAUCCAGGAUAACCUCAUCCCUAAGGAAGUUUACAUCCUCCUGAACUGGGUGGGCUACGUCAACUCUGCCUUCAAUCCCCUUAUCUACUGCCGGAGCCCGGAUUUCAGGAUUGCCUUCCAGGAGCUUCUGUGCCUGCGCAGGUCUUCUCUGAAGGCCUAUGGGAAUGGCUACUCCAGCAAUAGCAAUGACAAGUCUGACUACACAGGGGAGCAGAGUGGCUGUCACCUGGGACAGGAGAAAGACAACAAACUGCUGUGUGAGGAUGCCUCGGGCAGGGAAGAUUUUGUGAACCGUCAAGGUACUGUGCAUAAUGAUAGUGUUGAUUCAGAAGGGAGGAAUUCUAGUACAAAUGACUCACUGCUCUGAUGUGGUUUUUCUACUUUUUAAGACCCCCCCCCCUAAAAAAAGACACUAAACAGACUAUUUAACUUGAGUGUAAUAAAUUUAGAAUAAAAUUGUAUAGAGAUGUGCAGGAGGAAGAACAUCCUUCUGCCCCUUUUUUAUUUUUUUAAGCUGUAAAAAAAGAGAAAAUGUAUUUGAGUGAUUGUUUCUUGUACAGUUCAGUUCCUCUUUGCAUGGAACUUGUAAGUUUCUGUCUGAAGGGCUUCAGUCCCAGAGGACCUGGGGCUGCUAUGUUUUGAUGACUUUCUGUGUAUCUACCUCAUUGGUCAAGUAUUAGGUGUAAUAUAUUGCUGCUGGUAAUUUGUAUCUGAAGGAGACCUUCCUUCUUGCACCCUUGGAAUGGAGGAUCCGGAGUGUCUUGGACCUUACAGCUGUGAACAUGGUCUCUCCCUGUUCCUCUUAUUUGCUAAAACAGGGUGUUGUAGGCAGAGAUUUGAGGGGGAACUUCAGUUGUUUUCCUGAGCAAAGUCUAAAGUUUACAGUAAAUAAAUUGUUUGACCAUGACUUCAUUGCACCUGUUUCUCCAAAACCCCUUGACUGGAGUAUGCUUGCUUCCCCCCCUGGAAACCACAGGUAACUAUUUGUAAUAACUGCCCGGUGACUUAAUGUGGACUGGCACAGAAAUGACAUGCCCCGAUUGUUUAACCCUUUCAUUUGCUUUGGAAUUUGUCGCCUACAACCCGUGCCUCUCCUGACACGAGGGCCCCGGGUCAGUUCUGCCCGCUCCCAGCCUAGCCCGUCUCGCCGGUCCUACGGUGAUUAUUCUGUGUUGUUACAUCAGAAACACUGACUCAUAGAAAUGGACUUAGGAGCAUCUCUUGUGUCCCUCCCUGCACCCCGGCCACCCACCUUCUAGUUUUACUUGCUGAAUGGCUGCUUACAUUUCUGUCUCUGCUGUGUCCUAUAGUGGGGAUCUUUGCGCUGCACCAGGGCUUGGCAUUUGAAGAAUAAGACAGAAGUUCUUAUAAAAAAAAAAAAAACUACCAAACUUCACCCUGUAAUUCCAAGGGAAACGGAAAGGACUUUGGAAGACGCUUAACUGAUGGAUACCCCAUGACCUAGAAACAGCGUUUAACUCCUCCUCCUUUUUUGCUUCUGUCCCUCUUCCCUCUCCCUUUGACUCUCCUCACUUUAAUAUAAACCAAGAUUUCUCCACCUGAGAUAAUUCUCUGUGGCGGGGUCUGUCCUAUACAUUGUCAGAUGUUCAGCACCAUCCUUGGCCUCUACUCAUGAGAUGGCAGUAGCACCCCCUGAGUUGUGACAACCAAAAGUGUCUCCAGACAUUGCCAAUACCCCUUGAAGGGUUAAAUCGCCCCUGGCUGACAACCACAGACGUAAGUCAGAAAGCCUAAACAAAUUUUGAGAUUCUGUCUGAGGUAAGCCCUUUAUUUUGUGCAGCCACAGGGGACAUCUCGCAGUUCCCCGGUGAGUGAUAGAGCCCAGGCCAGUGCCCUUUUCACUCUGUCUGCUGCCUUCCAAACUCCCUUUCCAGCGGCGCAGAUGCCACCGUGAAUUGUUGGGGAGGCUUUAUCAAUGGGAGCCAGACCUGAGAGCAGUUACUGCCGGUUUGUGGAGAGAUAAUGCUGUGAAGAAGGCACAUGAGGGAAAAUCACAAAAGUAAACACAUUUCUUCCCUCACCCCCUUUCUAUUUUGGCCUGUGUGUCUGAGCCAGAGCUUGGCGCAGGUCUGACCGGCUGGAUCGUCCUCCUUGG